AGCUUCAUGGCGGCUCAAGCUCACGUUCAGACGAGGUGUUUCCUAGUGUGGCGUCCAUGUCCAUAGCCCCAGACUGUACUGGGUCGGUCGAAUCUGCCCAUAUUGUUUACAGAUAUUUAGGCUACCCAUUUCUGUUGAUGCAUGGCUGCUUAUUAACAGCAUUGAUCGUUUUAGGUGUGAGGCACUGUUGCGCAACAUUUCGUUCGUUUUGCAUGGCAGCCUGUUCUUUCAGUUGUGACAAACUUCGUCGCAUAUUUCACUUUCGAUGUGCAAUUGAGCAAGACAGGAGGCUUCAAACACAAGUUGACGAAGUCCAGAAACACUAUUUCUUCACGUUCGGGAGCGUACAUGUUGUGGGACAGUUGCUCAUCAGUGUGUUCUGCCACAUCAGCUCUGCGAGUGCCAAGCAGAGCGUGCAUCUACAUCAUGGGUGGUGCACCAAUGGAAUGGUAACUCGUUAUGUUGACGUUGCCCCCAUGUACAUAUCCGCCGCAGCCAUGGUGCUAAUGCUUGGCGUGUUGCCGAAGUCAGCGUCGACGGCUUGGUUGAACGCGUUGAACAUCACGUCAUCCUUGAGCGUCAUUUUCUUUGUUGUGGUGCCAGAUCGUAUUCGUGGGUUUAAUGUCGCAGUCGGCGACGGUCAAUUUCGUGCAGCAUUGAUAUUCCAGGUUUCCCAAUCAUGGGUUUGUGGUAAUCCAGAGUUGAGUUCCGUUCUAUUAUUUUUUCUUAUAGUUUUGAAAGCAAUUCAGGAGUAUGCAUUCUCUUCGGAUUAUUUUGCAUUUGUGGUGUUGGCCUUGUAUGCGCUCUUUAGUCUGAUCGCGUUGUGGAGUUUGGAUUCGUGCAUGAGGUACAUGGCCGCGGUGUAUGCGCGAGAGGCGGACGCCACGAAGCAUGCGUCUCUCAUCGAGCGUCUCAUGUCUAAGUCGUGCGAUGCGUGCAUUUUUUUGGGGCAUCGUUUGGAGAUUAUCAAGGGUGCCGAUCAACUAUGCAGUCUGCUGAUGUGCCAGAGUGGCCCCGAAAGUUUCAAUGGCAGGGUAUUCACGGAGUUUGCGACGGAAGAUGAGAAACCCAGGGUAUCAGAUUUUAUGGCAAGGCCGUCGGAGGCCGAUGACGCCGAGCAGGAUACCCAGGCCGGCCUUUUUUCCACAAAGCUUCGUGACACACUUGGUAUCACUGUCAAAGUGCAGAUCUGUCACGCUUGCUUAGGAAGCGGGGACGACCUUAUCCACGUGAUCGGCAUCAACGAGGAGCAAGAUGAGUGGAACACGCAACGCGUAUACCGGAGCGACCUCGCUGUGCGAUGUCUUGCGAUGGGCGCGGAAGGAGCAGGCCACGCACUCGACUCGCUGGGGCCAGGCCUUGAUGGGUCCGACAGAUCAGAGUCCGACUCCUUCGACGACGACUAUGGUGCCACCUCUGUAGCAGGCACAUGUCACUCUGAGAUUCACGUGGCCUUUCAUCUGUUCGCUGUUAGCGGGGAAGACUCUUUUCCGAUCACGUCAUGCAGCCCUGCUUUCUCGGUCCUCUUUGGCAGCCUCGAGCCCGGUACGCCACUUCGUUCUUUUUUCACGCAGAGGGAUUUCAACAUCUUUGAAAAGUGGGUGACAGAUGCCGUGGUCGCAGAUGCCGAGAUCGCAGGGCCACCGUUUCAAGAGGGGGCUCCGAGAAGCAGGUGGCUGUCACUCCGCCUCCGCAACUUGAACCGCCUGGGCGUGGAUCUCAAGGCUCGCUGCUCCCUGGCGCCUUACGGGGACGAUGCCGCUACCAUGCGCUUGAUGUUGCUCGAUGUCCAGUGGCUCGCCCUGCCGCGGGCGCAGCGCACCGCCAGGGCAUCCAGUAGACGGGACGGCGGUAGCCGCAGAAGCUCGUUUGGAACGCCUAGCGGUCCCCCGGCCAGUACCCUCGGGAGUCAAUUGCAGCAUCUUUAGCCUCCUCCGUGGUACUUCAUUAGGUUUCAUGCAGUUUGCAAUCGUGCUGGCACGCUGUGAAUACUUGAAGAGUCCAAUGGACGGAGCCCAAUGGAUGCGAGUGGAACCAGAGCUGGUCCCAGAUGGCUUCCAGACGGCUCCUGCACUGCCCAACCCUAUCGUGUUAGGGGCAUUGAGACGCUUAGCAUCUGUGGAACACGUCUCCACAGUUCUUCAAAUUCUCUCCUCUCUUCAUCUCGCGGCAUUGCGCCUCUGCUGCCUUUUCAUCAUCGCCAUUUGCUGUAACGAGUUGGCGCGUAGCUUUGGUGCGCGAGCUGUGUGCGCAUGCCGCCCCCUGACGACCCCGACGGCCCUUCCAGACGACUGCCUACGCCGCCGCCCCAGGGGAGGGCGUUGGCACUCGUCGGCCAGAAGUCGGGGGUCCGCGCGCGGCUAGGGCACACCAGAAGAGGAGGGGC